AUGGGUGACUUUGUGGAUCACUACGCAGUUCUAGGGCUACCUCCUUAUGGAGAAGAUGGUGGUGGUGUGAAGAUCAGCGAGGAGCAGAUUCGAAAAGCGUAUCAUUGCAAGGCAUUGAUAUCACACCCUGAUAAAAACCCUGAUGACCCUAACGCUAAUGAGAAAUUUCGUGAGCUAAAGAACUCUUAUGAUAUUCUCAUUGAUCCCGAAUCUAAAGAAGUGUUUGAUAAUCUUCUCAGGGCUAAGUUUGAGAAGCGAAAACAUAAGAGAAUGUCUCGUGAGGAUGAGGAGUUUUGGAACAACGUUUCGGAAAAACAGAACGAACAACAAAAACCUAAGAGAACCAAAGGGGAUCCCGAGUUCUGGAAGAAGGUUUUAGAAGAAGAAGAGGAAGAACAAGAUACGGAUGAGUCGUCUGAUGAUUGCGAUAGUCAUGAGAAGGAAACACUUCGGAAUCUUUAUAAGCAGGUGAAGGAGAUACGUAAUGCACACGCAAAGAGACGUGAUGAUCUUAAAAGAUUUGGUAAUGAUAUACCAAAGGCUAAACCUAGAUUUUUAUUUCGAAGUAAAUUUUCAAUGGAUGGGUUCGUGUCAUACGAAAGGAGAGUGUUACGUCGAGUGCAAGAGGCUGCGGAGAAUUGUAAACGAUCUUCUUUCUCACAACCAGGAUUCGUCUGA